GUUGGAGUGUCUCCGAUGAUCAGAACAGUCAACAGCAACGGGGAUUGGAACGUCUCUGGAUGAUUUAACUGACCGGGGUUCCGCAUUUGCUCCUGUUUGAUUUGAAACUAAAAGGGACGAUGCUGCUGGGAAGAGUCGCGACGAUCCUCCGGUGCUUUGUGAUCUUAAUCCCCGGCACUGCGCUCUCUCAGGCUGUCCUCCCGCCAGAGUGUGCUCCAGGAGGACACACUCUCCUGCAGAACCCGUAUCGCAGCAGCACCUUCAGCUCCAGCUGGCUGCAGCACUCCUCCAUCCAGGACUUCAUCUGUGAUCACUCUCUGGUGGUUGGCUGGUACCAGUUCCAGAUUUUCGACAAGCCCGCCAGUAUGCCCACCCAGUGCGUGGAGGUGAACCACUGUGGGACUCAGGCUCCAGUGUGGCUCUCUCUGGGGGAUGGCGAGUCCCUGCCGGGCCCACUGGAGGUCCGACAGCUGACUGCCUGUGCCGCCUGGCAGCUCUUUCCUAGCAACACCCGGGACUGCUGUCUCUUCCGGAUCCCGGUCACCGUCCGCAACUGUGGAGGUUUCUACGUCUACCUGCUGCAGCCCACGCAGGGAUGCAUGGGAUACUGCGCCCAGGAAACGUUGGACUCUGUCGUGACCUCGCCCCCAUCCUGCGGUCCUGGCGAGGUGAACGUUGGAGGAUCUUGUGAAAUCAAGCAGCCCCGAGCUACGUCCGUUCCAGUGAUCGUGGCCGAGGUCUCGGGAAGCUCCGUCUACCUGAAGUGCAGCUUCCAGACCGGCACCAGCAGCUCCUCGGGCUUCGUGGUGGUGUGGUCCCGCUUCUCCUCUCUGGGAGUGAAAGAGGAGCUGAAACAGGAGACCACCAUCCAGACCUCCGUCUUCAUCGAGCUGGACGGCUUCAACAUCCGGCUUGGGGACAAGAUUUACUGCGCCACCUCAAGUUUCUACUUGGACUCGCCUCAACUCCGAAGUGCCUCGGUGGAGAGUCAGGAGUUCUUCGCUGGGAUCAGGCUGAAACCAGAGAAGACUGUCAUCUCUGAAGAUGGCCAACUUCAUGAGCUGCUGGUGGAGAGCACAGUCCCUGUCCCGUGUCUGGACAGUUCCUCCACUGACCGCUGCACCCUGUCCUUGCAGCUCCAAACCAGCACCCCAGACGAUGGUCAUCUGGGGGCAGAUGUGUCUCUGUCCUCCUGCGUCGUGGAUCUGUCCCGGGGUCCCUGCAGGGACGGAGUCUGCAGCUCAGCUCGGGUUCACUUCACAGCCGUCACAGAUUUAAUCAGGGACGGCAACAGGAUGACUUGGAUCUCAGUCCAACCUUUGGUCACGGGAAACUUUGUGUGGAACGGAUACUCACCGGAACCCGUUCAGAUCACAGUGAUGGACGUCCAGCCAGCCUUCUGUUUCUCCUUCACCGAUCCUCACAUGAUCACGUUUGACGGCAGGCCGUAUGACAACAACCAGAUCGGCACAUUCAUUCUGUACCGGAGCCGCCGCGGCACGUUCGAGGUCCACGUGCGUCAGUGGGAGUGUGGCAGCCUGGUUCACGCCGCUUCCUGCGUGUGUGGCUUCGCUGUCAGAGACGACAGCAACGUCAUCACCUUCGACAUGUGCAACGGAGAGAUGGGAGAAACCAAGCCUCAGCUGUCAGUGAGGAACCGAGACCUGAGCAGGAGCGGCAUCCGCAUCACCGAGUCCUACCAGGGGCGCAAGGUCACGAUGACCUUCUCCUCUGGAGCAUUUGUUCGGGCCGACGUGUCUGACUGGGGAAUGAGUCUGACACUCAGAGCUCCUGGCUCGGACCGGAACAACACUGAGGGUCUGUGCGGGAGCUUUGAUGGACGGAGAGAAAAUGACUUCCACUCGACAAGUGGAGCAACACUGGCGGAGCUUCAGAGUUUCAUUGCUCAAUGGAGACUCCCUCCAGGUUCCAGCCUGUUUGACUCCAGUCCACUGACUCCCAGUCCACCUUCAGUCCGCAAGUCGUGUAUCUGUCAGGCAGGUCUUCCUCCGUCCUCCUCUGACUCCACCUGUUCUCACUACGGCGAUGUGAGGCUGCCCUCCAUCAUCCCUACUCUGGACGUCACGGCCGAGUAUCUGAGCUACGUGGAACUGACAGAAGACCACAGACACUCAUCCACUCGUGACGUCUUCACUGUGGGACCUUCUGCUGACAGAGCUUCCAGACACAGGGGAAGGUGGAGGCCCGUUCUCCUGCCUCAACAGAGCUUGACUCAGUCUGACCUGGCGGGCGUGACCUACUUCUUCCCUGAAGACCAUGAGCCUGUUGUUCACUUGGACUCCUCGCCAACAUGGCCGACUCCGUCCGGGGUGACGGAGCAGCAGGCCAGAGCUGAGUGCAGUCAGUCUGUGGUCAACUCCAGCGUGGCUUCAGGGUGCCGGCCUCUUCUGGACGACUCUCUGUUAGACGCCGCGGUGAACAUGUGCGUGGCCGACCUCCAGCUGAAAGACGAGCGCUCGUGGCUGGAGGCAGUGCUACCGCUGCUGGAGAACGAGUGCGAGAGGAGGCUGGUGGAGCAGAAGAGGAGCAGGGAGCAGCACCCGGAGGCCCUGGCUGUCCUCAGGUGUCCCGGUCUGUGCAACGGGAAUGGCCAGUGCUCCGAGUGGGGCUGUGUCUGCUUCCCAGGGUUCGGAUCCUACGACUGUAGCCAAGUGUCUGACCAGAUCCCCGAGAUUAGCCAGCUGCAGCAGGGCGGCCUGUGCGACGUUCAGCAGAGGAACUGCUCCAGCGUCCUCGUCUCUGGUCAGGGCUUCAAGGACUCCUACGAGCUCAAGUGUGAGUUUGUUCAAGAAAAGCUUGUUGGUGGCGAGUUAGUUCUCGACAGGCCACAGUUUGUUCUGGCCACUUUUCUGGAUGCAACCGCGAUGGAGUGUCGGCUGCCGACGGGGGGCGCACACGCUCCCGGCAUGUGGACGUCGGACCGGCCGCUGGCUCGGUGGCAGAUAAAGGUGUCCAAUGACGGCUACAGCUACAGCAACACCAAGAUCCUGACUGUGUUCGACGGAGCGUGUCAGAUCUGCACCCUCAGAUCAGAAGUCCUGUGUUCACUCAGGGAGAAAACCUGCCUCAUUGAGGGCAUGUGCUACAGUGAAGGGGCGUCAAGCCCCGGGAGCCCGUGUCUCUCCUGUCGGCCCGAAGCUUCCCAACACACGUGGUCAUCGCCAGAAAGUAACAGGCCCCCGCUGCUCCUCCAGGCUCCACCUCCUCAGCUUUGGGCUUUUCAUGGUGAGUCUUUGUCCCUCCAGCUUCAGGCGCGGGACCCUGAGGCGUCAGCAGUGGUCUUCACCUUGCUGUCGGGUCCUCACGGAGCGUCUCUGACCCACUCGGGUCUACUCACUUGGAAGGCCAAGACUGAACCCACUGACACACACACCUUCCAGUUCAGAGUGACGGACGAGUGUCAGGCUGAGACCAGAGCCACGGUGCAGGUUACAGUUCGCUCCUGUGACUGUUUGAAUGGAGCUUCCUGUGUUGCCGAUGGCACUGACCCGGCUGGGGGCGGGGCCUAUGUGUGUGCGUGUCCAGAGGGCUUCAGAGGACGCAGGUGCGAGGUGGAUGUGGACGACUGCAAACCGAACCCCUGCAGGUUUGGACGCUGCAUCGAUGGGAUCAACUCCUUCACCUGCCUCUGUCCGCCCGGCGCGACUGGUCGGACGUGUCGAGAGGACGUGGACGAGUGCGCCUCUCGACCGUGCUUCCCCGGAGUGUCCUGCAACAACACCCCGGGGUCUUACGUCUGUGGCGCCUGUCCCGGCGGCUUCACUGGAGACGGGAGGAGCUGCACCCGUGAGUCCGGCUCCGUCCUGUCCGUCCCACUGAGCCGGCCCAGGCUCAAACCUUCCCCCUGCUCUGGACGGCCUUGUCACCCGGGUGUGCUCUGUUUUGAGAGCGUGCACGUGUCUGCUGGGUUCGUGUGUGGACCAUGUCCGCCUGGUCUUCAUGGAAACGGAGUGAACUGCUCUGCAGCUCAGGAUGAACCGACCGACGUAGUUGACUCCAGACUUCACUCCAGCAAGGAGACUCCUCCCACCUCCCCAUCAUCAUCGACCCCCUCCUCACCUCGGCGACCUGAAGGUUCCUCCAGCAGACGAGGUUCUUGGACUGACAGGUGGACACCGUCGGCCGAUGGCGGAGCGCGGCUGCCGCAGCCGUCACCUUCAGUGAGCUGCGCUGACUUGCUCUGUCACCCUGGCGUCCCGUGCCAGGCGAGCAGGGACGGGUUGCUGCGGUGCGGACCAUGUCCUGCCGGCUACACUGGGGACGGAGUCACCUGCACAGCUGUGUGCCGCCACCAGUGUGGGCGGAACAUGGAGUGCACACGGCCCAACGUCUGCUCCUGCCGUGACGGCUACACCGGCUAUAGCUGCCACAUUGCCAUUUGUCGACCCGACUGCAAGAACCAGGGCAAGUGUGUGAAGCCCAACGUGUGCGACUGUCCAGCAGGGUACAGCGGAAACACCUGUGAGGAAGCGCGGUGCGAGCCGGCGUGCCAGCACGGUGGGACGUGUCUGGCCAGGAACCUGUGCACCUGCCCGUACGGCUUCGUGGGACCUCGCUGUGAAAUCAUGGUGUGUAACAGGCACUGCGAGAACGGCGGUCAGUGCGUCGCUCCUGACGUCUGCAAGUGUCGACCUGGCUGGGACGGACCCACCUGCGGCUCAGCGCUGUGUCGGCCCGUCUGUCUGAACGGAGGAACCUGUGUUAAACCGGACGUCUGCGCCUGUCCCAGCGGCUUCUACGGUUCCCAGUGUCACAUCGCUGUGUGCAGCCCUCCAUGCAAGAACGGCGGCCAGUGCAUGAGGAACCACGUGUGCUCCUGUCCUGAAGGCUACACGGGGAAGCGAUGUCAGAGGAGCGUGUGUGAGCCCAUGUGCAUGAACAAAGGGAAGUGUGUGGGACCAAACCUGUGUUCGUGCGCGUCUGGAUGGAGAGGCACGCGGUGCAACAUCCCCGUGUGUCUGCAGAAGUGUAAGAACGGCGGCGAGUGUUUGGGUCCCAACACGUGCAGCUGUGCGGCCGGGUGGGAAGGUCUGCAGUGUCAGACGCCUGUGUGCAGACAGAGAUGCCUGAACAGAGGGAGGUGUGUUCUCCCCGACUACUGCCACUGUCGGGGGGGAUACAAGGGUCCAACCUGUGCUGUCAAAGUCUAACAUCUGGGAGAAUGUGUGUGUAUAUGUGUGUGCAUGAGUGUGUGUGUGUGUGUGUGCGUGCGUGCAUCACUACCUCCAGACCGCUGAAGAUGUUGCUGCAGCGUGACAGCGUUUCUUGCUGAAACCCUUUUAUACGCCAAAUAUUUAAUCCUUUGCACUGUUUCAUGAUGAGAAUGUAUUAGACUGAAGCUUCAAAUGUUUUUUCUUUAUUUUAAAAUACACAAGCUUUUGUCGUGCGACUAAAUAAAACACGAUUAUUCCUAAAACUGUUCGGGCUACAGUCGUGUGUUCAUUGAACAGCUCAACAUCGAAAAAGGACAUAAGUGAGUGGAGACAACAUUAAUGAGGAGCUGAGGUGAUCGCUCGACCUUCCUCCCUCUAGUGGCUCUUCUUCUUCUCCUCACAGCGGGCACCAGAGUACGGCGGGCGGCAGCGGCACUUGUUGGGCGCGACACACUUCCCGCCGUUUA